AUCAAGAAAAAGACCCGUCUAGUACUUCAUCUUCGCCAUUAUCCUCACUCUCCAGCAUGGCUGAUUUCCUCCUUUCCACACUGGAAACCAGAAAUAGGGCGACUUCAACCGACGAUGGCACGACCGGAGAUAAUACAACUACAACCGAAGGAGAGGAACAAAUCGGCACCACCCCUACUGACGAGGAAACCAAGGCCUCGGCUUUCCAACCUGGAGCAGAGACCACUACCCCCGAACCGCCGCCGACCACAUUAGGUCCCAAGUCCACCAAGACCUUCAACGUCGCGGUGACGCAGCCGGACCGAUUUUAUUCCCUGAAAGUCCCCACCGGACCGAAGAAGCACCACAAGGACUUCAUCAUCCCGAUGCCGAAGGAAGUCACAGAAAUCCGGUUUUUCAACGUGACAGCGAACAACUUCUCCAAUAACACGCUGAGAAUCACCCCCGGGCAGUUCAAGCACGCGAUCGACAUCGACACGAGCUACCUGGUAUCAAGUGCAAAUAUGUCUGGGUCUGGAAGAUUCCGAGGUUUGUGAUGCAGUUUAUCCAAGCUCCACCAAGUCUGCAAUGCAGGGUCUAGCAUCACAGGAUCUGCAGCCCCUUGGUGAUGCCUGUUCUGCAUGACAAAUGCCCUCUCAGCAUGGCCAGAAAUGGGCACCUUUUGCAAGUCGCGCAACACAGAUUUUUGUACGAUCCGCAACAUGCAUCACAAGUUCGAAACCUUCCAGGCCCAGACAUAUUUGCAAUGCAUACCUAGAUAUGGAUGACGUGAUCAAGAAGUUGUUCACCAAAAUCUACUAUCAACUGCAAAAAUGUCUGGGUCUGGAAACUUGUGAUGCUGGGUGGCGUAUCACGAUGAGGCUACGAAUGCUGGCUCAGCAUGACAAGUUUCUGAGCUCCCAGGUGUUGUAUAUUCUGCAUGACAAACUGCGCUUUUGCAUCACAGAAAAACGGAGCUCUUGGGUAACGUGCAUGACAGAUUUAAGAGUCAUGCCAGACAAGCAUGACAAGCAUGAAUUUUUCCAGACCCAGAAUUUUUUGCAUUUCAUAUCUACGCAAAAACCAUGGACGCCGGGGUUUUCAAUUUGACGAAGAAAGUCGAAGCGACGAUGGAAACGGUUUUUUCGCCCGAGUCUUUUGACUUUGUCACAAAUCUCACCGACGUUUUCGGCUACCGGAUCAAGGUCCAGGUGGCGGGGAUUUUGAAUAAGGUGGACAAGCAGCCACUGAAAUUCAAGAUUCUGGACAAAUCUUCGUUCUACGGGACUCAAUCCCACAAAUUCAAAAUCACGCCUGUGAAUCAGAAGCAAGACUUCAACGUCACGACGCACAUUUGGAGUGGGAAGAAAUCCUUCGACACGAACGUGACCACGAAUAUCUUCAACGGGAACAAAAGUUUUGACGUCAACGUGACACUAUGGAUUGCAAAAAUGUCUGGGUUUGGAAGAGUCGGGACUUGUCAUGCACAUUUUGCAUGACCCGUGAGGUCUGUGAUGCUGGUGCUAGCGCCACAGAUUUUUUGAGAGCUUCUUGAUGCUAAUUACGCAUGAGAAAUUCCCUCUCCGCGUGCCAAGAACUGACUCCUCUUGCUGCUCAUGCAACACAGAUAUUUUUAGAAUCCGCAGACAGCAUUACAAGUUGCAUUCUUCCAGACCCAGACAUUUUUACAUUUGAUAGACACCGUAUUACGAUGAUACGUUCACCGGGACGAAGGAGAUGGAUUUCAACGUGAAUGGGUCUCACAAGUACGGGUUCGGCGUCUACCCGGAUGGGGGAGGGCCGCGGCCAGAUGACGAUAGCUACUUCGGGUUCGGGUUC